AUGGCUUCUGCAGACUCUGAGAUGGCUGUCUUUGGGGAGGCGGCUCCUUAUCUCCGAAAGUCAGAGAAGGAAAGAAUUGCGGCUCAGAACAAGCCUUUCGAUGCCAAGUCAUCCGUCUUUGUGGCUCAUCCUAAAGAAUCCUUUGUGAAAGGGACAAUCCAGAGCAGGGAAUCAGGGAAGGUCACUGUCAAAACUGAAGCUGGAGAGACCCUGACCGUGAAGGAUGAUCAAAUCUUCUCCAUGAACCCUCCCAAAUACGAUAAAAUUGAGGACAUGGCCAUGAUGACCCACCUCCACGAACCUGCUGUGCUGUACAACCUCAAAGAGCGUUAUGCAGCCUGGAUGAUCUACACCUACUCGGGUCUCUUCUGUGUCACUGUCAACCCCUACAAGUGGCUGCCAGUAUACAACCCGGAGGUGGUGUUGGCCUACCGAGGCAAGAAGCGCCAGGAGGCCCCUCCACACAUCUUCUCCAUCUCUGACAAUGCCUAUCAGUUCAUGCUGACUGAUCGUGAGAACCAGUCAAUCCUGAUCACCGGAGAAUCCGGUGCAGGGAAGACUGUGAACACAAAGCGUUUCAUCCAGUACUUUGCAACAAUUGCAGCAAGGGGGGAGAAGAAGAAGGAGGAGCAGUCUGGCAAAAUGCAGGGAACGCUUGAGGAUCAAAUCAUCAGUGCCAACCCACUGCUGGAGGCCUUUGGAAAUGCCAAGACUGUGAGGAAUGACAACUCCUCACGCUUUGGCAAAUUCAUCAGAAUCCACUUUGGAGCCACAGGCAAACUGGCUUCUGCUGACAUUGAAACUUAUCUGCUGGAGAAAUCAAGAGUCACUUUCCAGCUCAAGGCAGAAAGAAGCUACCACAUAUUUUAUCAGGUCACCUCCAACAAGAAGCCAGAGCUAAUUGAAAUGCUCCUCAUCACCACUAACCCAUAUGACUAUCCUUUUGUGAGUCAAGGUGAGAUCACUGUUCCCAGCAUUGAUGAUAAGGAGGAGCUAAUGGCUACAGAUAGUGCCAUCGACAUCCUGGGCUUCACUGCUGAUGAAAAGACUGCCAUCUACAAGCUCACAGGGGCUGUCAUGCACUAUGGAAACUUGAAGUUCAAGCAGAAACCGAGAGAGGAGCAGGCAGAGCCAGACGGCACAGAAGUUGCUGAUAAGGCUGCAUACCUUAUGGGUCUGAAUUCAGCUGACAUGCUCAAGGCACUGUGCUACCCCCGAGUCAAGGUUGGGAAUGAAUAUGUGACCAAGGGUCAAACUGCGCAGCAAGUGCACAAUGCUGUAGGUGCUCUUGCAAAAGCUGUCUAUGAGAGGAUGUUCUUGUGGAUGGUUGUUCGUAUCAACCAACAGCUGGAUACAAAGCAGCCCAGACAGUACUUCAUCGGUGUCCUGGACAUUGCUGGCUUUGAGAUCUUUGAUUUCAACAGCUUUGAGCAGCUGUGCAUCAACAAUGAGAAACUGCAACAGUUCUUCAAUCACCACAUGUUCGUGCUGGAGCAGGAGGAGUACAAGAAAGAAGGAAUUGAAUUGACAUUCAUUGACUUUGGGAUGGACCUGGCUGCCUGCAUUGAGCUCAUUGAGAAGCCCAUGGGCAUCUUCUCCAUCCUGGAAGAGGAGUGCAUGUUCCCCAAGGCAACUGACACCUCUUUCAAGAACAAGCUCUACGACCAACAUCUGGGCAAGUCCAGCAACUUUCAGAAGCCCAAGCCUACCAAAGGGAAGACUGAGGCCCACUUCUCCCUGAUACACUAUGCUGGCACAGUAGACUACAACAUCACUGGCUGGCUUGAGAAGAACAAAGACCCCCUGAAUGAAACUGUCAUUGGGUUGUACCAGAAAUCAUCACUGAAAACAUUGGCCUUACUCUUUGCCAACUAUGGUGGAGCAGAAGCAGAGGCUAGUGCUGGCAAGAAAGGUGGCAAGAAGAAGGGUUCUUCCUUCCAGACUGUCUCAGCUCUUUUCCGGGAGAAUUUAAACAAGCUGAUGACCAAUCUGCGAAGCACCCACCCCCAUUUUGUACGCUGCAUCAUCCCAAAUGAAACAAAAACACCUGGUGCCAUGGAGCAUGAACUGGUGCUUCACCAGCUGCGGUGUAACGGCGUGCUGGAAGGGAUCAGAAUUUGCAGGAAAGGAUUUCCCAACAGAGUCCUGUAUGCAGAUUUUAAACAGAGAUACAAAGUAUUAAAUGCAAGUGCUAUCCCAGAGGGACAGUUCAUUGACAGCAAGAAGGCUUGUGAGAAACUUCUUGGAUCAAUUGAUAUAGACCACACUCAAUACAAAUUUGGUCACACCAAGGUGUUCUUCAAAGCUGGGCUGAUAGGCCUCUUGGAAGAGAUGAGAGAUGAGAAGCUGGCACAGCUCAUCACCCGCACACAGGCUAGGUGCAGGGGCUUCCUGAUGAGAGUGGAGUACCAAAGAAUGGUGGAGAGGAGAGAGUCCAUUUUCUGCAUCCAGUACAACAUUCGUGCAUUCAUGAAUGUCAAACACUGGCCCUGGAUGAAGCUGUUCUUCAAGAUCAAGCCCUUGCUGAGGAGUGCAGAAUCUGAAAAAGAGAUGGCCAACAUGAAACAAGAGUUUGAGAAAACCAAGGAAGAGCUUGCAAAGUCCGAGGCAAAGAGGAAGGAGCUGGAGGAGAAAAUGGUGAAACUGGUGCAGGAGAAAAAUGACCUGCAGCUCCAAGUGCAGGCUGAAGCUGAUGCUUUGGCUGAUGCUGAGGAAAGGUGUGACCAGCUCAUCAAAACCAAAAUCCAGCUGGAAGCUAAAGUUAAAGAGGUAACUGAAAGGGCCGAGGAUGAGGAAGAAAUUAAUGCUGAGCUGACAGCCAAGAAGAGGAAACUGGAGGAUGAAUGCUCAGAGCUAAAGAAAGAUAUUGAUGACCUCGAGUUAACACUGGCCAAGGUUGAGAAGGAAAAACAUGCCACCGAAAACAAGGUAUGA